AUGCUUGAAAAGGGCGACUCAUAUUCGGGUACAUUAUAUGAUAAUAACCACAGUUUGACGACAACAUCGCUGACAAACCAUUCAUCGACGGCCACAACAAGUCUGUCCUCAUAUUACCACAAGAAGAGACGCAUUGGUCACGUAAUCGGAGACUUAAACAGUGAAUAUAAUGCCAAUCAAGUGGGAGACAUAUCUUCUACCACCAGCUCAUCGCGACAUCACCUCUCAGACAGUGUUCACGUGUUAGGACUGACCAGUUUUGACACUAACUCUUCAUAUAAUGGUCACUCAUCCAUACCCUCAUCACCGAAACACAUCCAGCAAAGUGUGCCGCAGACUGGCAGCCAUCAUAACUUUGUACGCGCCUCCACUAUAAAGCUGUUGGACAGCUAUCAGCAGCGUUGCAGUACUACUAAACGCAAAUUGAGUGAUUUGGAGAAUGCGAGUACCGGUGCAGUCACUCAUAGCUCCAGUUCUCGACCGACAGGACUCGUUAACCGAAACAAAGCUCACAUCUCAUCAUCGCGUCGCCCCCCGGGACUCGACUCGACUCAUACGCGAAACAGUAAUCAUUUAUUAGGUGUGCAGUCGUCGACGUCAUCCGCAAUCACGGCGCCCACCACCUCGAAGACCAGUUCCUCCAACAGUGAGGGCGACUACCAGCUCGUCCAGCAUGAGGUGCUCCAGUCCGGCUCCAACCACUACGAGGUGUUGGAGUUCCUGGGGAGGGGCACCUUUGGACAGGUGACCAAAUGCUGGAAAAAGGGUACCAAUGAGAUCGUGGCCAUUAAGAUACUCAAGAAUCAUCCCUCGUAUGCACGACAGGGACAGAUCGAGGUCUCGAUUCUCCACCGACUCAGUCAAGAGAAUGCAGACGAGUGGAACUUUGUUCGCGCGUUUGAGUGCUUCACGCAUAAGAACCACACGUGUCUUGUGUUUGAAAUGUUGGAACAGAAUUUGUAUGACUUUCUCAAACAAAACAAGUUUAGUCCGCUUCCACUCAAGUAUAUCCGUCCGAUUCUCCAACAAGUGUUGACUGCUUUGCUAAAACUCAAGCAAUUGGGACUGAUUCACGCCGAUCUUAAACCAGAAAAUAUAAUGCUUUGCGAUCCCGUUCGCCACCCAUUUCGCGUCAAAGUGAUUGAUUUCGGGAGUGCUUCACACAUAAGCAAAGCUGUCUGUUCUACUUAUCUCCAGUCCCGAUACUACAGAGCCCCUGAGAUUAUAUUAGGCCUUCCCUUCUGCGAAGCGAUAGACAUGUGGAGUCUGGGCUGUGUUAUCGCCGAACUAUUCCUGGGUUGGCCCCUAUAUCCCGGGUCCUCAGAGUACGACCAAAUCCGGUACAUCAGUCAAACGCAAGGCCUACCCAACGAGCAUAUGCUGAAUCAGGCGACCAAAACGACCCGUUUCUUCUACCGCGAAACGGACUCGAAUUACCCGUUUUGGAGACUCAAGAAUCCGGACGAACACGAGUCCGAGACGAACAUCAAGUCGAAAGAGGCGCGCAAAUACAUCUUCAACUGUCUGGACGACAUGGCACAGGUGAACGUCCCCACAGACCUCGAGGGCGCGGAACUGCUCGCCGAGAAGGCCGACCGACGCGAGUUCAUCGACCUCUUGAAACGGAUGCUGACUCUGGAUCAGGAGAGACGCAUCACUCCCGGCGAGGCUCUCAAUCACAACUUCGUGUCACUGAACCAUCUGGCGGAAUACGGCCACUGCUCUAACGUGCAGUCGUCCGUCAAAAUGAUGGAAGUGUGUCGCCGACGAACGGUCAGCGCCAACGCCAACUACGAUCACAACAGCAAUCAUCAGAUGACGACAAUUAUGAAUAACUUCACGUCGUCUGGAAAUGUGACGCUUUCGUUCAAUAACCAACUGUCGGGUCUGUCCAACACUGCCUAUCAGUUACAUCCGGCAAACUUCUACCCGAGCGCCGCAUCUCUUACCUCAUCUCAGACCGCGUCUCGUCUUUCAAACAAUCAGAGCAACGCUCGGGCGGCCAAUCAGUACGCGGCGGCGGCCGCCAGGGCUGCAGCUGUUGCCGCCAAUAGUGAUCCCUUUGGACAGUACGCUUCGAUCCUAUGUCCUGCCGGUGCCUAUCAAAGUUUGAACUCUCCAGCCAAACACGUGAUGACAAUGGCGGCGGCAGUGGCUGGCGCUCAGGCGGCACAGUCGCAGACAGUCCAACUGCAACCACCACUUCUCACACAAGUGGCCGGAACUCAACAAUACGUUCCCGUUUCGGUUGUCGAGCAAAAUGGUCGCCAAAUGCUGUUAACCAAUGCAGCCGUUCAGUCGGGAUGGCCUACGAAUAGACAGAUGUUUGCAGCCGUUCCCACCACAUGGCAACAGUUCUCGACGGCAGCGGGAGGUCGUAUGCAACAGCCAACAGCUGCUGUACUGUCCGACUCGGAUGCCUGGAGUCGUUCGCUGGUAUUGGAGAGAACGGCUAUACUUCCGGACCAAACGGCUGUCCUGCCGAUGGAAUUCCACGACCCGUCCGUUUAUGACCACUUGAGAAACGAACGAAAUCUAAUACAACAACAAACAACCGCCUUCUCGGGAGUGGGCGCGCCGUGGGGUGUAGUGGCGUGUGGACAGCCGUCCACUGCUCACCAGUCGUCCCAUUACGCCUCCAAUCCGAAUCUGGUGCCGGCGCACAACGCCUCUCUUCUGGCCGCCAUUUCCAGUUCAAAGCGAAACACCGGCACAUCGUUACAGACAAAGUCCAUGAAAUCCAAAGAGCAUUUGUCUCCCGUUAAGAAACGCGUCAAAGAGUCCUCUCCUCCCAAAUGGCAGGACUCGCUGUUGGGCCGACACGUCGAGUCAGGAUAUGGCGGUUCAAUAAAUCUGUGCACUUCUAACGACAACACCCCCAAUGCCACCGACGAGAACAAAAACCUCCAAAAGGCGUCAAUCGUUCGCAACGCCAGUCUUAAGACACACCAAACGAUUACAAUAGAGGACACGCCUUCGCCAGCCGUCUCUGUUAUCACUAUAAGUGACUCCGAAGACUCCAACGAACAGUCGCCCCUCUGCUAUAAGAACACAGCCGUCAAACUGGACGUGACAUCAAAGCCGACGCCUAUGUUAUCGCAAACGAACUCAGUGUCGACCACCUGUGCGAGUGUGUUGGCGCUAACACCCGAAGACCCGGAUGAAUGUGUGCCAUACAGUGGCGCGCCUUCCAGUCACAACUCGACGCCAAUGAAGUCCUCUUCGGCCGUAUUCGACAACUUUCGGCUUCAAUCGAAUCGUGGAUUAAGUCAUUCGUUGUCGUCGUCGGCCAUCACGAAGAACCCGAGGAUUGACAUAAACUGCUUCACAUUACCCGACUCUGACUCGGAGGGACACCACAGCCCUCUACGACCGUUGCCUAACUUCACGAACUCUGUGAUGUCUAAACUUAUCAAACCUGAGCCACAAAAAGACAACUCAUUGAGCAGUUCGUUGACUGAUGUCUCCAAAGCACACAUGAAUCACAUGACGAACGCCUCCCAAAAGAAGAGAUUACUAGCGAAAGCGCAACAACAGGCGCACCUCCAGAACCUCCAGAACCUCAAACAAAUACCGCAGAUCCGAAUCGACCCCCACUUCUCGAUACCAACACAAACCAAACAGGAGGUGGUGUCCAGUGAGGACGAGGACUCGCUUACCGGUCGAGUCAAUUAUCUAAACUCCCAGUCCUUCUACAACAACAGUUCCAACAGACGUUACAACGACGCUCUCAAUGCACAAUACGUUCGCCACUCGAAGCUCGAGAACUUGGAGGGCGAGAAACUCAUCAAAUGUGCUGUCAGUCCUAACAGGAGAGCGAAUGGAAACUGUCGUUCCGGACACGCGGGUCACCAUCACAUGUCGGGCCCACACCUGUCGCCCGUACAACCGAUGGGUCAGUCGUUGUAUUUGAGCGGGUCGUCCAAUGGGGACCUGUACCGAGACUACUGUCACCCGACAGUCUACGUGACGUCUAACCUGAGUCAGCCAUAUAUAGCCCAACAGCAGAAGUAUGUGAUCGCACCGAACGCACCCCAAAGCGGACCCUUUGCACAAACAGUGGGGUCACUGCCGGCCCCACCGCCGGCCCAUCACCACCACAACAGUACGCGCUCUAAUGUGACGACAACUGUCGGCUACGCGCCCACAGCCAGUCAUCCACUGCCGGCCCACAUACAGAACAUACAACAGACGCCCUCAACGGUCACUGCAAUGCCACUGCAGUUCGCCGGACAGGCCGUCCCUCCCUAUGGCUAUAACAUGUCAUCAAUAGCUGCAACCAAAGCCCCGUAUCAACACUUGUAUCAAAUAUUUGGUGAUUAA